GUGGACCUUUUUGAAAUUAAAAGCCAUGUCUUUCUUCAUGAGAGUUUUGACAAAGAAAUGCAAGCGAACACUUGAAUCUGAGAGAACUUACUUUUACCAUGCGAUUUUUGUCAACAGGUUUCACCAGCUGCCCAAACUUUCCAGCAGCCAGUCCCUGGAGGUGCAGAAUAACUCGCCAGCAGCGGCGAAGAACAAAGGCGAGGAGGUGGUGGCACAUCCCGGGCGCCCACGGGAGCUGCUGAAGCCCACCCCGCACCAGCUUGGCAGGGUGAAGAGCCUGCAAGAAAUGCCUGGACCCAACACCCUCUACAACCUCUACGAGUUCUUCUGGAAGGACGGCUUCGGCCGCAUUCAUGAAAUCCAGCAAAAACACACUCAGGAAUAUGGAAAGAUCUUCAAGUCUCACUUUGGUCCCCAGUUUGUUGUAUCCAUUGCAGAUCGAGAUAUGGUUGCUCAAGUCCUGCGCGCAGAAGGCAGAGCACCACAAAGAGCUAACAUGGAAUCCUGGCAGGAAUACAGAGACUUACGAGGGAGAGCCACAGGCCUUAUUUCUGCGGAGGGGGAACAAUGGCUGAAAAUGAGAAGUGUACUGAGGCAAAAAAUUCUGAAGCCUAAAGAUGUGGCUGUUUACUCUGAUGGAGUCAAUGAAGUUGUCACAGACUUAAUUAAAAGAAUUCACGCCCUCAGAAGUCAGGAGGAGGAUGGGGAAACAGUGACAAAUGUUAACAACCUUUUCUUCAAGUAUUCCAUGGAAGGUGUUGCAACUAUUCUAUAUGAAUGCCGUCUGGGCUGCCUGGAAAACAACGUCCCACAGCAGACUGUUGAAUAUAUUGAGGCUCUGGAGUUGAUGUUUAGUAUGUUUAAGACCACUAUGUAUGCAGGUGCUAUCCCCAGAUGGCUUCGUCCACUUAUUCCAAAGCCCUGGAGAGAGUUCUGCAGAUCCUGGGAUGGACUCUUCAAAUUUAGUCAAAUCCAUGUUGACAACAAAUUGAAGACUAUUCAGUUGCAGCUGGAUCAAGGAGAAGAAGUGAAUGGUGGGCUACUUACACACCUCCUAGUGAGUAAGGAGCUUACUUUGGAAGAAAUCUAUGCCAAUAUGACUGAAAUGCUUCUGGCAGGAGUGGACACAACUUCUUUUACUUUGUCCUGGGCAACAUACUUGUUGGCAAAGCACCCCGAGGUUCAACAACGUGUUUAUGAGGAAAUAGUCAGUAAGCUAGGGAAAGAACAAGUUCCUGUCGCUUGUGAUGUUCCAAAGUUGCCUUUGAUUAGAGCUGUGCUGAAGGAAACCUUGAGGUUAUAUCCAGUAUUGCCAGGGAAUGGAAGAGUGACCCAAAAGGACUUGGUUGUUGGAGGUUACUUGAUACCUAAAGGGACGCAGCUGGCACUCUGUCAUUAUACUACUUCCUACAGCGAAGAGAAUUUCUCCAUGGCAAAUGAAUUCCGACCUGAGCGCUGGCUGAGGAAAGAUAAUUUGGACAGAGUAGACAAUUUUGGUUCCAUCCCCUUCGGUUAUGGCAUUCGAAGUUGUAUAGGAAAAAGAGUUGCAGAGUUGGAAAUUCAUCUUGCACUGAUUCAGUUGCUUCAGAAUUUUGAGAUCAAAAUCUCUCCCCAAACCAAACAAGUUCGUGCCAAAACCCAUGGACUUUUGAGUCCUGGAGGAUCCAUUAAUGUGAGAUUUUCUGACAGAAAGUGAGACUCAGAAGUUUUGGAAAUACUUGCAUGAUUUUCGUGGGAAUAGAGCUGCAUCUUUCAGUCGUGCUUGCUCCCUGCUUUGUAGGUAUUUGGCAAAAUGAUCAAGUAUUAUGUUCUGCCUUUGUUCUAGCAGUACGUAAGAAAUUACCUCUCGCAUAAGAAACAGUUACACAAACAAAAACACAUAUUGAAAAAGAAUUUCUUCUUGCACUCGGAAUCUCCUUUUUCCUAUAAAGAUUUCUAGCAAUAACAACAAGUUCAGUUCAGCUGUGUGAGUUUCCACUGCUUUGUCAUAGAAGUCAGCUACUUAGUGAGUCUAUUUAAGAGCAAGAGGAUUACUAUAUAUGUGAAAAGUAGAUGAGCUUGUGUUUUCCUGUUUCUUAUCCUCUAGUGUUCUGUAUAAGUUUCCACUUAACACUGAAAUUAUAAGAUAAUUUUCCUUCCCUGUAAAAAAAACUCUGUGUAUUAAAUUAAUACAGUAAUAACAAAAGACAAAAAAAUACAACUAUGACACUUUGUUUAGACUCAAAAUACAGAGCCAUUAAAAAUAUAUUCCUCAUAAUCCACGUAAAAACAUAAUCCUCAUAAAAUGUUUCUACAUAUUAAAAAACAAACUAAAGGUAUUAAAAAUAAAAGUUGAAAUGUCACAUUACAGCUACACUUCUCAUCAGCAAAGCAGAAGCUGAGUGGAGUAGCACAAGCCACUUUCACUGUUCUAGGUAAUGUUAUGCCAAACCCAGAUGUAAAUAACAAAAAUUAAGUAGCUGUUACAUUGCUAUAAUGUAAUCAAAUCCUGCUAUUAACUGUCUUCACAGUCCUUCAGCUGGAAAGUUCCCACUGUAACAUGCUGAACCCAUAGGUAGGUGUACAGUUGCCUUCUGCAAGACAGAAAUGUGACUACUGAAGUAUUUGGAGAUACUUACUGUCUAGUGUCUAAUGCAAAGAGUGGGCACUUGAAAUGGUUUUAGUUUUAAUUAUUGUUGUAUGUUUCCUGUGGCAACUAACAGAAAAGUCUCUCUUGUAUGAUACUUUAGAUAAUUUUACUAUCACUGCACUAACUUUAUGUUCUCAGUUUUGAGAGAAACCUUGGGUCCAUGUUAUGCCCUGAACAACACUCAAACCUGCAUAUUCUAAUAUGGAACGAACUAUGUAAUUAUGUAUCGUUAACUGUUUACAUGUCAGGCUCUGGCUGGAUUUUUGUGAGGUAGUUUACAUACUACUAAUAAUAAACUUUUCAGCCAUGUGCAGAGUUAGAAAAAAGUUGUGCAACUCAGUUUGUAAAGUGAUGACAUUUUUCUUUGCUCAUCUAGGUAUGAGCAGUCAAAGACUCAUUACCAGUGAAGUAAUACACCAGAGUUUUACUGGUGUGCAGGAAACUCCAUCAAGCUGCUACAGUGAUAUAGUAUUUUGGUUACUUUCUGUAGUGGCUUUUCAAGGUUUUGAUGAAAUAAACCCAAAGAAUCUCCUUUUAUGGAACUUGUAUAUAAAAUAAUAACACUAAAAAUAUUGAUCUGAUCUGUGAGCAGGUGGCAUGCUUACAUGAUGACUUCAAAAUGUUAAUCCUGUAUUGAGCAUAUAUAUAUGUAUUACAAGGAGAACAGGCAGUCUCUGGAGAUUUUUUACUUGUUUGCCUUCUGAUGCUGUUUUCCAGAACUUCACAUUAUUUCCUUUUUUUUUUUUCUCUCCCAUUGUUAUUUCCAAUUGUCCACAUCAUAAAUAGAAUGAAAAGAGCUGUGUUUGUCAAAGCCAGCUAACUUCCCAUGGGAGGUGUUAUGUAAAUGUCUGCUUAAAAGUCUGAGGAUUGAGCAUUUGACUCCAUAACCCUGCCUGUUUUUGCAGACCUGGAGAUGAAAGAGCCCAAGCCUUGAAUCCAAAUUUGGAUUCUGUGUGGUGCCCUCCCUUUGCAUUGUCAGAGCACCCUGAGGAACACCAGCCAUCACUAUCUUGUAGUACAUUUGCUGCUUGGUAUCAGUCCCUAAGUGACUGUAGAAGAGAGGAGGGGCAUUCUUAAAUGAUCUUUAAAGCAUUUGAAUAUUUUAAUGAAAACAGAAAGCCUGUGAUUUGUUUUAAUAGAGCAUCUAUCAAUG